AUGGACGACGUCUAUUUCCACAUCUACAGCAGCUCAGUGUUUCGGAAACAACAGGGGUGGCACUCAGAUGCCAAAAUCACCAUUCGGUUUACCACUGAAGGUGUACAGCCUGGCCAGUCAACGAGAGAAGCAAAGAACUUCUGGGAAUGCCGAGCAGCGGAGACACUGGAAGAUCCAUUAAGGAAGCAUAUGACGGACCAAGCGCAGAUGCCCUACUUUUAUGAAUACUUUCUUGGUUUCUGGGCUAGACUACCAAGCGUGCCCACGAUUGUAUACGACAAACUGGUACGAAGUCAUGGGCAUCGAGGCUAUCAGUUACCAAUUCGUAACAGCAUAUCAGGCUAUAUGCGAAAGCAAUUCAAGGAGACACUUCCCAACUUCCAGAAGAAUAUCGCCACGUAUGCUGCCAAGAUGCUAGUUGAAGAUGUAGGCUUAGUCGACCUAGAGUGGUCUGACAAUCUGGCAGCUCCAGACGAGCUGGCCUGGGAACAUAUCAACUACCACACAAAGAGUAUCAGGGCCAGGUAUCAAUUUCUACUGGACAACUCGGUUGGCCCCGUCGGAGACUGCAUGGAUAUGUUGCGCUUGCAUUGCUUCAAGACAAUGUUUUCAUCACGAUCGAAUUACUUCAACCGCCUUGAAUGGGUUGCUGGAAGAGAUAGUGGUGGACUUGCUAGAGCUUCUAGUGAGAUCGGCGUCUGA